UUUUUUCAGAUACUGACUUGAAUCACGACGAAUACGCUUCUAUAAACGAAUUUGUUCUAAAAACAAAAGCGACGGGGACGGCGGCAACAAAUGGGCGGCGAAGAGUCAAAGGAAGAGGAGCCGCCGGCUCCGCCAGAGCCUGAGCCGCAGCGGCAAUCACGGCGAUCUGCGCGACAGUCCUCAGGAAAACAAGAGGACCGGCCGUCGGCGCAGGAACGGCUGUCCCAGGCAUACCAGACGAAGCACUCGCGACUACAGUCGGCAAAGGAAUCGGUUAUAGAGCGGCAGUCGCAAAAAGCAGCGCAGGCGGAGAAAGCCAGAGCAACGGCAGAGAACAAUUUUAGGGGGUCGAGAAGAAGGCCCAAACGGCCCAGUGAGGACGUUGACUACGAGCAACAAGAGCCGGGCAGUUACAAUGCCAGCACGCCGAGUUCCCGCGGGCCCGGUAGUUCUGCGCGCGGAGUGGGUAGUGCGAUGGGCUCCGCGCGUCAACAGAUGGGGAGCGGCAUGGGAUCCGCGCGUCAAAUGGGUAGUCAAAUGGGUAGUGGUUCUGUGCGCGGCAUGGGUAGCGGUAUGGGAUCCGGUAUGAACAACAACCUCGGAUCCGGCAGUAGUCCAGCAGGGGCUGCUGGCGCUUCUGUCCGGCUGAGCAAUUCGCCGAAUUCUUCAAGUAAGCAGGUCCGCGCAAGUUCCGGACCGGGCUCGAGUGCCGAGAAGGUGCGGCUGAGCGGUGAGAGGCAACGGCUCAGCAGCGAGAAGCCGCCCUUCCUGGCAGGACAAGGCGCGGCGCCUAGACUGUCUUCUGGCGGUGGGUUUGCAUCGGGUGAGACCAAGAAGAUCAACUCCGGUGCGAUGAUGGGAUCGUUGCAGCCGCAGAGCUUGACCGAACUGCAGUCCGCCGAGGCGAAGCGGGUAAGUUUCGUGGAAGCGGUGCGUGCCUCCACGAAGGACGAAUUGCGGUUAGGGUCCGGGAUGGGUUCAGGAACAAUGGACCAAGCGGCUGUAGAGGAGCGUCUGCCGAGCAGCCUACACGAGUUGCCGCAGCAGGCGCCGCCAAACGUCAUGCACCUGGCGGCGGACAGUCAGGAGCAGCAGGUCCGGAUGGGCACGCAGGACCCGAACAUCACCUCCUUCGCGCCCACCUCCGCGGCCAUGCACGCUCCGCCGAUGCAAUCUUUCGCGAUGGGCGGGCCUCCGUCCAUGGCGUCUAGUGUGCCGUCCAUGAUGCAACAGAUGCAGUCUUUCCAGCUGGGAUCCACGGCGCAAGUUGGCGGGGGCAGUGGCGACUUCGUUAUGAGCAACAUGGGCAGCUCCGGCGGUUCCGGCGGGGGUGUUGCGUCCGGCGGGGGUGUCGGGUCCGGCGGGGGUGUGCCCCUGAUGGUGAACCAUCGCGGAGAUGUGUACGACGGUGGGAAUAACAAGAAACUCACCAUUACGAAGGAUCGGCGAGGCGGUAACGUCGAUCCUCGAGAGCUCAACUCUGACAUGCCGGCAGCGGCGCCCGGGUCGGGGUUCGGAGACCCCAUGCAGUCCACGGGGUCUGGUGGGAACGAGCCGGUCGCACCCGGCGAGUUGCCGACGCUGGACAUCGAAGAUGGCGACCAAGACGAACGGACCUUGAUUACGGAAAAACCUCCUGUGAUUGUGAUGGUACAGUUAACAUUUUCUGCAGAGUAUGGUUGCUUUUUAUUUUGA